AAAAAACAAUUUUCAUCAGAAAAAGUAUCGUAUAGUUAAAAAUGUAUGUAUUAUAAUUAUUAAUGUAGGGCCAUAUGUGAAAAGAAUUUUUUUCUUUUGUAAAAUAUGCGCAAUAUAUUUUGUCGAAGAUCUACUAGAGUUCUCGACAGUAUAGGUUAUUUCAUCGCGUUAACGCGAAUAGUUUGCAUUGUAUUCUUGCAACAUUGUGCAAAGUGUAAUAAUUGUGUUCUUCUAUGUAAAUAACAAACAAAUUCUUUUUAAUAUUAUUAUGUGCAAUAUUAUAUUACUUUUUAUUUAUGGUUUAUAAUUUGGUGACAAUAGAAUGUCUGAUGAAAAAAUGUUGAAAACGAACAUGGAAACAAACUUGUCUUCCGGAGAACCCGUGACGCAGCAAAUAAACAAUGUAGAAAUGCCACCACGAUCUAGAGGUGGUCGAGGUUCGAGACAAAGAGCAGUGGACAACAUAACCAAAAAAUUUCUUCGAAAUUUCGAUCCUGAACGUAGCGAGAGAGAAAAACGUAAAUUACAUCGUCGUUUGUAUCAAGGAAGUAAACGUCACACCUUGUACAACGAUCAAGGUAUUUGGGUCAUAACUGGAGACGAUUUAUGUGACUGUUUAAGUUUGGAUUGCGCGGGAUGUCAUUUUCCAUGCCCUAAAUGUUCCUCUACAAAGUGUGGCCACGAGUGCAGGAACAAUCGCAAAUGGACUUACGAUACAAUCGAAAACGAAGGCAGUGACGUUACAACGAAAAAUCCAGUUCUCAAAGAAACUUAAAUAAACAUGAGGUUCGUCCUUAA